UUUCGACUGGCUUCUUUCUAUAUGGAAAAGCAGAACUUCGAGGAAACAAUAUACGGUGACCCUUCUCGGCAAGAAGAGAAGCUUCCAGAAAACCCUACUCCUUCUGAAAAAGUCAAAUUGGCUUCUAAACACAAAGAGCGAGGAACUCGUUUUCUAGUGCAGGGAAAGCUGGAGGAAGCACUUGUUGAGUUGGAUAGAGCUUUUGUCUUUGUAUUCAGUCCCCGUGACGAGUGGGAAUUGCUAUAUUCUAAUGAAGAUCGUGAAGUUAUCAACCGCUUCAAGGUUCCUUGUCAUUUGAAUAGAGGUUUGUGUAAGUGGAAACUGGGAAAGCUAGAAGAUGCACUUUGGGACUUUGACGAAACUCUGCGACUGGAUCCUACAAAUAUCAAGGCAUUAUAUCGAAGAGGCUCAAUAUACUUACAACUGGUUGAACGAGAAUUGCAGAAAGAAGAAGAGAAAGAGUUAUGGGAUCCUGAGAAAGCUGAAAAGUUGUUGAGUCAAGCAAAACAUGAUCUUAGAAGAGCAUAUGGGUUACUGCCAGGCGACUCUUCAAUUAUUGCAUCUUUGCACGCUGCCAAGGUCCAAGAACAGAAGCUUUCAACAGCUAUCAGAGAAUAUCGUCUACAACAGAGAAAAAUAUUCUCUUUUGCAUUCAAAAAACUUGAAGAAAAGAACAGCAAAGAAGAAGCAACUGAAGAAGAACUACCGAAACUUGAAAGGAUUUCAUUAGAUACCUUUUAGACUCAGCUUUUUUAAGAUUGUUCGAUUCUUCCUGUGUAAGGUUCUUUUAAAGGGAAAUCUUUUAUGAAAGAGAAACGCUAAAAGUUUUUAUGCUUGUUGCAUGCGAAAGACCGAAUGCAGUAGUUACUAAGCUGUUGUAUUUAGUUCAUGCAAGAUUAUGUGAUGAGAGUCAAUUUUUUUCGUAACGCUUAUUAUGUGAUGAUGUUACUUAGCUUCCGCUCGUCCUUAACCUUUUGUUGUAUACGACAUCCCCGAAACAUCAUGAGCGUAACUUGACACGUGAAAUCGAGGAGUGCCAUGUCUCUGAAGGAGAACGAAGAACUCAAACGUGGUUCAUGCAUAGCUAUUCCAAAGAAGUCUGUUCUUUAGCAUGUUCCAUUUCAACUAUUGGUUUCUUUUCUAGUUUAAAAAAGCGAUUUUUCUAAUGAGUCCCACAGAGCUGUGAAUUGGUCAAG